AUGUCGGAACCACCACAUAGGUUCGACGAGUUCCCCGAUACGGGCAAGGCCCGCGUCAUUGUCGCCCCAGAGAACGCCGAUAAGAUGGAAACUCUGGCCCACGUGGUUCUCGACGAUCUCCUUCACAACAUCAUCUCGGACCUGCUUCUCAAGGUACACCGGGAUGAGAAAAUGGCACGAGCUGCGACUGCUGCGAUCAAGGUUGAAAAGCUUGCCGCCAGCUCCGCAGACACCUUACUAUCCGAUAUCAGCCCCGAUGUACGCGUCGAAACCGAAGCCGCCGUCUACGAAGAUGGAAAAGUCCUGCUUAAGGGCAACCCGCUUAAGACCACCAAGGACAUCCUAUGCGAAAGAUGCCACCUUCCUCGUCUCCUCUAUCCUACCGACGGCAAGGGCGCGAGGAAACCCGAUCCUGGUGUCAUCUACUGUAAAAAACACCCAUACAUAGAAAAGCCAAAUCACGACAUCUAUGGCCAAACCUGGGUUCCGCAAGGGCCCGGUAGGGGAAAGAAGAAGAAGGACAUGGAGAAGAAGCCCGAGGGGUCGCCAGCUCCGGGUGAGGACGGCGCGCCAGUCAAGACGGGCGCCGCGGCACGACCGCCUAAUCAGCUGUCGUUCCCGUCCGCCACGUGCAGCAAGUGCAAGCGCUGCAUCUUGGUGACGCGCCUGAACAACCACAUGGGCUCGUGCAUCGGAAACAGUGGCCGCAACGCGAGCAGGGCGGCCGCGGAGAAAAUGAAGAACGGCGGGGACGGGAACGGCACGCCGCCGUCGAGCCAGAAGGGUACGCCCCUCCCCGGCUCUCGCGCAUCGAGUCCUAGGAAGCGCGACAGUGACGAGAUGAUUGCCGGAGGAACGGGAGACGAUGCCGCCUCCAACCACGACGCCGAGGGCGACGAUGACACAACUACAGCCCCCAAGAAGAAGAAGCCGAAGCCGAGCCCUGCCAUUGCGGCCGUCGUGCCUAAGAAGGUCAUACUCAAGACCAAGGGUCCAAAGAAGGAAAAGGUGAAGACUGGGUCAAUGCUCGGCAACGAGUUUAAACUCGAAGAUGAAACCAAACCGGAGAAGGAGAAAGACGGCAACUCUCAACCGAAGCAAACGCAAGUACCCGCGCCGACGAUACCACCACCCUCGGGUGCAUCGGCGACACCAGUCGUGCCACCCAAGAAGAAGCUGUCAACAACAAAAAUACCGUCGCCAGCCAAGAAGCUCAAACCUAGCAACGGACUCAAGCAGUCUCCCGUACCCCCAGUGGUUCCCAAGCCUACCGUCAAAGUUAAGGAUGCAGACGCAGGCUCGGAGUCGUCAGGCACGAUGUCUUCGCCUCCACCUAAAUAG